GCUGCUCGGCUGAAUGGAGGCGACGGGAUGCCGUCCGUUUAGCAGCACAAGAGAGGAAUUAACAUCGAAGGAGGCGCCUCCCAGUUGUUUCCUCCGAGUUUGACGUGCUCCACUUACCAAGGCAGUAAAUAAAGUCACCCAUGUGCGGUUCAGCGAGCCUGUGCAGUAUCAUCGCAGCGUGCCCCCGUUAAGGACCCCUCUGGUGGCCACGCGGCCGACUCACGGGACAUGUACAGCAGUGCCAGAGCUGUUGGUCACUUAGAGAGCAGCCCCGCACGCUCCUCGCGCCUGCCUCGGUCCCCCAGACUGGGCCAUCGGAGGGCCAACAGCGGGGGUGGGAGCGGCGCGGGGGGCAAGACGCUCUCCAUGGAGAACAUCCAGUCUCUAAACGCUGCCUACGCCACUUCAGGGCCCAUGUACCUGAGCGACCACGAGGGCGUGGGCUCCACGGCCACAUACCCGAAAGGCACCACGACUCUGGGUCGGGCCACCAGCCGGGCCAUGUACGGGGGCCGCGUCACAGCCAUGGGCAGUAGUCCCAACAUCGCUUCGGUGGGACUGCCCCAUGCUGACCUUCUGUCUUACAGUGACCUGGGCUCCAUCUCCAUGCUGCAUGCCCACCACCACCACCACCACCAGGGGGUGCCCUCUGCCCUGUUGAGGCAGGCGGUGCGGAGCAGUGGGGGGGAACUGCUGGAGAUGCAGGCCCAGUUCAGGGAUAUGCAGAGGGAGAAUGAGAUGCUGCGCAGGGAGCUGGACCUGAAGGACAGUAAGCUGGGCUCUUCCACCAACAGCAUCAAGAGCUUCUGGAGCCCCGAGCUGAAGAAGGAGCGCAUCAUGAGGAAGGAGGAGGCGGCACGCACGUCUAUCCUGAAAGAGCAGAUGAGAGUCACGCAUGAGGAGAACCAGCUGCUGGAUGCCAGGAGAACAAAGCAUCUCCAGAUGACCAUCCAGGCUCUUCAAGACGAGCUGCGUACACAACGCGACCUCAACCACUUGCUGCAGCAGGAGAGCGGCAACCGCUCCGGUGCCGAGCACUUCACCACCAUCGAGUUGACCGAGGAAAACUUCCGUCGACUGCAGGCCGAGCACGACCGGCAGGCCAAGGAACUCUUCCUGUUGAGGAAAACUCUGGAGGAGAUGGAGCUAAGGAUUGAGACACAGAAGCAGACACUGGGAGCCAGAGAUGAGUCCAUUAAGAAGCUGCUGGAGAUGUUGCAGAGUAAAGGGCUGCCCUCGGGGCCAGGCAGGAUGUCUGAGGAGGAGGAGCAGGAGAGGAACAGACGAAUUGCUGAGGCUGAGGCCCAGCUCGGACACUUGGAGGUCAUUCUAGACCAGAAGGAGAAGGAAAACAUCCAUCUGCGAGAGGAGCUGCACCGGAGAAAUCAGCUGCACCAGGAUCCAAGCAAAACUAAGGCCCUGCAAACCAUCAUUGAGAUGAAGGACACCAAAAUUGCCUCCCUGGAGCGCAACAUUCGAGACCUGGAGGAUGAGAUCCAAAUGUUGAAGGCAAACGGCUUGCUGAACACGGAGGACCGUGAGGAGGAGAUCAAGCAGAUGGAGGUCUACAAGAACCACACCAAGUUUAUGAAGACCAAGAUUGACCAACUCAAGCAGGAGUUGUCCAAGAAGGAGUCCGAGCUGUUGGCUCUUCAGACAAAGUUGGAGACCCUGAACAACCAGAACUCGGACUGCAAACAGCACAUCGAGGUGCUCAAAGAGUCUCUCACUGCCAAAGAGCAACGUGCGGCCAUCUUGCAAACAGAGGUGGAUGCUCUCCGUCUGCGUUUGGAGGAAAAAGAGUCCUUCCUCAACAAGAAAACCAAACAGCUGCAGGACUUGACUGAAGAGAAAGGCACUCUUGCUGGAGAAAUCAGGGACAUGAAGGACAUGCUAGAGGUCAAAGAAAGGAAAAUCAAUGUCCUACAGAAGAAGAUUGAAAACCUGCAGGAGCAACUGCGGGACAAAGACAAACAGCUAAGCAACCUGAAGGACCGGGUCAAGUCUUUGCAGACCGACUCCACCAACACCGACACUGCCCUGGCCACCCUGGAGGAGGCGCUGUCAGAGAAGGAGAGAAUCAUUGAGCGUCUGAAGGAUCAAAGGGAGCGAGAAGACAGAGAACGUGUGGAGGAAGUGGAUGCCUACAAGAAGGACAACAAGGAUCUCAAGGAGAAAGUCAACAGCCUGCAGAUAGAAUUAACAGAAAAAGAGUCCAGCCUCAUUGAUCUCAAGGAGCAUGCGUCUUCUCUGGCGUCUUCUGGCCUCAAAAAGGACUCGAAGCUCAAGUCCUUGGAGAUCGCUAUUGAGCAGAAAAAAGAGGAGUGCAGUAAGUUGGAGACGCAAUUACAGAAGCAAGCUGAGCAGCUUUUCAGUCACGUGAACAAUCCUAAGGCCCACGAAGUGGAGCAUCAGUCUGGCUCUAGAGGGAACCCGGAGUACGUGGACCGAGUGAAGCUGCUGGAGAAGGAGGUGGGCUACUACAAGGACGAGGCCAGCAAGGCUCAGAAUGAGGUGGAGAGGCUCCUGGACAUCCUGCGGGAGGUGGAGACUGAGAAGAACGACAAAGAUAAGAAGAUCGCAGAGUUGGAAAGUCCCCCUCACACUGCCCCUCGCCCCAUCCCUCGUACUGGUGGCAGAGCCCCAACUGACCCGCUCCCCUCGAUGUCCGCUGCCCCCCAGCAGAUAGGGGGCAUGGUGUGGGACUUCCUAGGAAAACAAGGAGGCAAAGACCCGACCAAGAAAGCCGCGAACAUCAAACUGGGCCUCCAAGGGGACAAGAAAGGCUUGGGACAGGAUGCCCGUAAGGAAAGCUCCUUGGAAGGCGGCCACCAUUCCAAGCUGGAGGACUUGAUGAACACACUUGAGAGGACGAGGCAAGAACUGGAUUCCACCAAGCAGCGUCUCUCGUCCACGCAGCAGUCUCUGCAGGAGCGGGACAGCCACCUCACCAACAUGAGGCAAGAACGCAGGAAGCAGCUGGAGGAGAUUCUAGAGAUGAAACAGCAAGCUCUGCUGGCCGCGAUUAGUGAGAAAGAUGCUAAUAUCGCACUGCUGGAACUGUCUGCUUCCAAUAAAAAGAAGACCCAAGAGGAGGUCAUGUCAUUGAAGAGGGAGCGGGACAAACUGAUGCACCAACUUAAGCAGCACACUCAAAGCAGAAUGAAGCUGAUUGCUGACAACUUUGAAGAUGAACAAUAUCAUCCACAUGUUCCACACCACCCUCAGCCUCAGGCCCCGCACCCUCAGCAACAACCUCAGACCCAGUACGCCCACCCUCCCCACGCCCAGCAGGUCCCGUAUGCGCACACCCCUCACAUGCAGCACCCACAGGCCACCCCGCAGCACCCUCACCCCCAGCAAACGCAGCUCCAGUACCCUCACGCUCAACAUCCGCAGCACCCACAGCAGCACUCGCAACACCCUCAACCGCCCACCCAGCACUCUCCGCACCCGCGCCCCCCACAGCCCCAACACCAGCACCAACAGCACCUCCAGCAUCCCCCGCAGCAUCCACACGGACAUUCCCCACCGCAGCACCCGCAUCCCCAGCAUCCGCAGCACCCGCACGGCACUCUCCAACAGGGGCCUCACCCUCAGCACCCACAUCCCCAGCACCCCCAGCACCCUCAGCACCCUCAGCACCCUCAGCAUCCUCAGCACCCUCAGCAUCCCCAGCCCCAACACCACGGGCAGCAUCCACGCCAUCCGUCGCCUCAUCAUCGUGGCGCGCCGGGCCGAGGUCCCCCACAUGCUGGUCAUCGCCCUUCCCCGGACCAGGAUGACGAGGAGGGCAUAUGGGCAUAAUCGUUGCUCUGACAACCAAAGUACAAAAGUUCUUUUGAGGGAUGACUCAGCCACUACUGAGGGAGAGCAGCCAGACGAUGAUGUUGAAAUACAAAGAAAUGUAUUACCUUCACUCGGCAAGGAGACC